AUGGGUGUCAAGGUCACCAUACUCUCAAGUGUCUUUGCCCAUAAUCGCAUAACAAAAGCUUCUUCUCAAACCCUAGCUGGCCUAAACUUCGUUUCCUUCUCCGAUGGAUACGACGAUGGAUUCAAGUUGAGUGAUAAUCAUGAACACUUCAGGUCUGAAAACAAGUGUCAUGGCUCCAAAGCCCUCUUUGAACUCAUCAAGGCCAACUCUGAGGAAGGCUUCCUUAUAACAGGUGUGGUCUAUGCAAUGCUCCUUCCAUGGGUAACUGAAGUUGCUCAUGAAUUCAACCUUCCCUCCGCGCCUCUUUGGGUUCAACCUGCCACUAUUUUCGCUCUGUAUUUCUAUUAUUUUAAUGGCUAUGGUGAUUUGGUUAAGAAAAUCUGCGAUCACCCUUCAUGUGCUAUUGAAUUACCCGAAUUGGGAAAGCUCACUAGUUGUGAUGUUCCCAUAUUCAUGCUUCCUUAUAAUACAUUUAGUGUUGGAUUACCGGCAUUAAAAGAACAGCUAGAUGCACUUGAUACAAAAGUUAAAAAUACUAGUCAACACUUUUGA